AUGCGCAGAGUGCUUUCCUCCCGGUGGCUGACCCGGACAUUGAGGACGAGUGAGGCUCUGCCCGCUGCCGGCCUCCCUCUCUUCCUGUGCCCUGCCGUGGGCCUCGCGCGACAACGACAAAUUACACCUGUGUCGAUACCUCCUCGCAACAUCGGCCAGCGGCGACUGAUUCACGCGGAGACAUGCGCGCCGAAGGAGGAGUCUCAGCCGGUAGCGGCGCACGCGGAGGAAAAGCUCAAACUUCCCUUUACCUGCAGCGGCUGCGGCGCAUUCACCCAAACGACCGACUCUCAGCAGCUUGGAUACUACGACGUCGCCGCGAAGCGCGUACGCACGUGGCUGCAGCCGCCCAAGCACGAGUUACAAAAAAAGGACAUACAAGAAAACCAAGUCAUUGACAAUGUCUUGAAAUCCAUGGACAGCGACCAGCUGACUGCCCUCGGUUUCGACGCCAGAAACUUGGUAGUAGAGCAGCCACUUGUUGCGCCUCUCUCUGACCCGAAGCCACCUGUUUGCGAUCGAUGCCACGACUUGAUACAUCACAAUGCCAAGUCCGCCUCCGGCAGAGUGCCCAUGUUUCAUCCAACUGUCGAGUCGCUGCGAGAGACAAUCGAGGAAUCGCCGCAUAAAUAUAAUCACAUAUAUCACGUUAUUGAUGCCGCCGACUUCCCCAUGUCGCUCAUCCCAAGACUAAAUGUCUUGCUCGGCGAUAUUCCCCUGCGGACUCGCAACAGACGCUCCCGCGCGAGCAAGUUCCUCCGCGACCGGCAGACAGAGCUGAGCUUCAUCAUCACCCGCAGCGACCUGCUCGGGCCGACAAAGCAAUCCGUCGACGCCCUGAUGCCGUAUCUCCGAGAGGUUCUGCGAGACGCGCUGGGCCGUCUCGGCAACAGAGUUCGUCUUGGAAACGUCCGCUGCGUGAGCGCGAGCCACGGGUGGUGGACGAGGGAUGUAAGGGAGGACGUUUGGCGCAGAGGCGGUGCCGGAUGGAUGGUCGGAAAGGUUAAUGUUGGGAAAAGCCGCCUUUUUGAAGAAGUCUAUCCAAAAGGUCGUUUGGACCACCCGGACGCCUCAGUCGGGCCUACGGCCAUCGGCCACAUUCAACCAGAAGAAGACGACAUGGACGUCGGGGAUUUACUGCCUCCUGCACGGGGAGCUACCAACUACCCAGCCAUGCCUCUGGUUUCGUCGCUUCCUGGAACAACAGCAUCGCCCAUUCGAAUUCCCUUUGGCAACAAGAAGGGCGAGCUGAUCGACUUGCCUGGAUUGGCCCGCAGCGACUUGGACCUUUUUGUCAAGGAGGAGCACAGACAAUCUCUCAUAAUGAAGAAGCGCAUCGUGCCAGAGCAGGCCACCGUCAAGCCUGGCCAGUCCCUGAUCCUGGGCGGCGGACUAAUCCGCAUUACCCCAUCAUCGGAGAACAUGAUCUUCCUCAUGUAUAACUUUACACCACUAGAAGACCAUAUCACGAGUACCGAAAAGGCUGUCGACUUCCAGACACAGGUAAAGACUUCGGGUGCGCAGGAAAACAUUUCCCUUCCUGGCACUGCUCCGACGAUACAGCAUGCCGGGAGGUUUGUCUUGCAGCAUGACGUCACCAGACAAAGGGCGGGACCUCUGACCAGGAGGAACGCCGUCGGUCUCAGCAUCGAUCGACUACCGUUCCGUGUUCUGUCUGUUGAUAUAUUGAUUGAAGGCGUCGGCUACGUCGAGAUUGUCGCCCAGGUUCGUACGCGAAGCCUCUACCGGCCAAGGGAGGACGGUGAAAGUAGUCAGAGCGGAAGCCUGGAGAGCGCAGAGAGCGCGGGAGAGAAGUCAAAGUCGACGGGGCUGGCCUUGGACCCAUUCGAAGAGAUGAUGCGCCAACGGCGAGACGAUGACAAGUCUGGCCAGCAUCCUACGCAACGGGACUCGGCAACGAAGCCGGAAGAGGAGCAGCCCUCCGAGAUUAAUCUUCCCUCGGUCGAUGUAUAUACCCCAGAGGGUCGGUUUAUCGGGACAAGACGGCCGAUCAACGGGUGGCUGAAUAAUAAGCCGAGAGUCCUCCCAGAGCACAAGAAGAGUCGCCCAAGAAAGAGCAUGAAGGGGCAGAAGAAGAAGGCCAAGGUGGAAGCGAGAGCCGCGAAAGUCGCUUCUACCUAG